CAUUCGUGCACCGACGGUGGCUAGUUGCAAUCACAUAUUUGAACCUAAUUUUAGUAUUUAGUAUAUUGUAUAAAAUGAAGAUUUUAUUAGUGCUUGCAGUGUGUGCUGCUGGAAAUGCUAAAAUUCUACCCGAGGACUUCCCACAAUGCAAACGAAGUGACCCAAACCUUGAGAACUGCAUCCUACAAGCAGUAGAAACGGUCAAGCCGCGACUUCUCAGCGGGAUCCCUGAAGUGAGCGUACCAGCCUUGGACCCUUUCGCAGUGCCCACCCUGAAGUUAGAUAGAACUGCCAACAACUUGAGACUGAAGGCCACCAUUAAGAAUAUGAAGGCGUAUGGAGGAUCGAACUUCAAGAUUGAAAAACUAAGACUGAACUUGAACAAUAAGUAUGUGGCAGAAGUGAGAAUAACAAUCCCCAAGUUGGACGUAUCGGCUGACUACGAUGUGCGAGGCUCCCGCAUCCUUACCCUCGACAUCAGUGGCAAGGGCAAAUUCAGGAGCAACUUUACUGAUAUAACUGUCAUUGCCAAGGGUAGCGCAAAACCUGUCCUCAAAGAUGGCGUAGAAUACUUGCAGGCUGACAGGAUCAUCACCAAACUGAAGAUCGGGAACGGACAAGUGACUAUUGAAGAUACUGAGAGACCAGUUGCUGCAACAUCGGCUGCAGCGUUCUUCAACGGUAGCCCCUCAAUCGUUUUGGAUAUCCUGAACCCACUCGUGGAAGAUAGCAGCGCCCGUAUCUUUAAGGCUUUCUUCAACAAAAUAUUUGGAACCAUUCCUCUCCAGGAAAUUUUUGUUGAAGACGCAUCGUAACUUAGUCUGAUGUACAAUUUGGAAUAAGUUUAACGAGUAACAGCGAUAAGUUACCUGAUGUGAUAAUAAAUUAGUUUAACGGCCGUAUUCACAAUCAUUACUAUGAGUUCUCUCAGUGCGCUCGAACGCAUAGUGUAGGUUCCACCAAUCAGAUCAUUGUAAAUUGACGUGAUACAGUAAUCUGAUUGGUGGAACCUACACUGUGCGUUCGAGCGCACUAUGAGACCUCAUAGUAACGUUUGUGAAUACCGGUGUAGGUUAUGUACCUAUGUUUAACUAGAGAUUUUUAAAUGACGUCUUACUUCUUAUUACCUAUGUUUUGUGUCUAAACAGAUACAAUCAGUAAUGUACUGUUGAAAUUGAAUUUUGUCUCUCAAGACACCAAAGAGCUUACUGUACCUGCUUUUAGAUGAGGUUAAUUUGAGAUGAGUAAAAAUUGUUAUUAUAAGUUGGUACAAUAAUAUAAUAAGCGUAGUCUGAAACAUAUUAUCCAUUAUAAUUAUGAAAGACGUCUACCUAUCUGUCUGUCUGUCUGUUACCUUUUCAUAUCCCAUCAGUUUAAUCGAUUUUAUGAAGGUUUGCAUCAUGGAGACGGCCUACUUAUAGGCUACUCUUUAUCUCAGAAAAUUAAAGAAUUCCCACAGUAUUUUAAAAGAACCUAAAUCCACGCGGAUGAACUCGCGGACAUUAUACAGGUAUUUUGUAUUUCAUAUUGCAAAUGAUUGUACAAGAAAUCGUAUAAUUUAUUACUAUGAUAAUAAUAUGUUCAUGAUCUUGACAAUCGACGAAGGCAGAUACAUACGCGUACCUAACUAGUGCAAUAAUUAUUUUGUACUACUGUUUUGCUUUGCAAAUAAUUUCCUGUAUUGUAAGGAUAUUGUUCAGUUUAUGCCAUAGUAAACAAUUUACGAUACUUUUAUUUUAUUUUUAUUAAAUUAUUAUUUAAUAAUGAA